AUGAUUCACGAUGUACGCCUUCCUCAGCCUACCCAGCCAUCUCCAACACCAGUGGUUACGGCAAAUCCGAAUAGCAUGAACCCGAAGUCAGUAUGGGGGAAGCAAACUUCUUUGGAGACACAAGAUGAUGGCCAAUAUCAUCCAAAUCAACAAGCGUUUGGGGAAGAGCCAAAUCCCUUGAAUUCUGCGAAGUUGAAUGGCUAUUUCGAUAGUCAGUCAAAAAAAGGCGGGGUUCAAGCGAACCAACAAACCACUUCGGCGCAAACAGAAUCAACUCCAGGCUCGCAUGACCUCGAAAGCCCACAGGCAGCGGGACCUUCGUCGCAGCAGGUGAACUGGCCAGGUUACGCUUCGAGCUUAACAGCUAUUGUGAUACCGACUGCGGCACCCAUCCAACAAGAAUCAUUGAUCUCAUCUAGUCCAACAGCGUUAGCUGCUGCAACGGGGUUAGCUGCUGUUUCUGCGUUACCCAAUCACCCAGCACAAGGACGGUCUGGUACCUCAAUGCGGGCUGCAGCUAUUGCUCUAUCUGUCAUCGUUGCCUUAGCCAUUAUCGGGGCACUGAUUUUGCUCCCUCUGUUCAGGAAGCGCAGAAGCCUCCAAAAAGCCCUUGCCAACCAACAAAACAAUUCUGAAACAGCCAUCACAACCCAAGGAGUGGACUUGUCAAGCCUACAACCCCACGGCGAGAAACCGAUGCCUUUAAUUUCAGGUCGUUUCGGGCCUGGGAUAAAAAAGUUUAUUCGUCUUCCAUGUUCUGUAUUCAACCAUGUUGUCAACCGAAUAAGGAGAGCUCCCACCGAUCACGACACAGAACUUGAGAAAGAUGUUUAUUCUGUGCCAAAGCUUUCAACACCUACAUUGGCUGGAUCGUCGAUAUACACGACAAGGUCCAUAUCAGAUGCAGGGAGUGUAGAGAGAUCCAAGUCACCUGUGGCUUCUAUAAACGAACAAUCAGAUCGGCUUUCAGCAGUGCAUAUUGAUUCGUCGGAUUAUAAGAUGACGGAAGAGCAACCCGAACUGCUGCUGCCGACAAGAACAGAAAGCAAAGAACCGCACGGUGUUUAUGGUGCGGCAUCGUUAGAGAAUCCUAGCAUUGGAAACCUCCUUGCUGCCAGUCCCUUGAUCAACAACGUUCAUGUUGUUGAAAUGGAUUUUGUUCCCUCCCGAGAUGGGCAAUUGGAGCUUCAUACAGGCCAACUCUUGGGUAUAUCACAGGUUUUUGAUAAUGGAUGGGCUCUUGGCGUCAGACUUGACCGUCCUGAGGCAGGCUUGGUACCCCGCAGUCACCUCUCUGCUCGCCCCAGCAGACAGCAAGUCCAAUGCAGUGGCAGUGACGACAGGAGAGGAUCAAAAAGAUACUCUCUUCCACGACAAUCCAUCGGUGUUUUAUCUUCCCGCUUUUAUUCAUUUUUUUCUAAACUUGAGCAACAACCGCAGAACGCGUCUCAUGUCUAA